AUGGCAUCCAAAGUCAUUGUAGUCGGAGGGGUGAACUCCUCUUUUCGAGAGGUGUUUGGCAAGCUCGAGAAGCUGCAGGCCAAACAACAGUUUGAAUGUGCCAUUAUCGCAGGAGAUCUUUUUGGAGACCUUUCUACAGGAAACUCCAAGGAUGACCUCAGUGCACUGCUUAGCGGGGUUAUUCAAGUAGCGUUGCCUACCUAUUUCACAGUUGGGAGGAACGGCAUCCCGAAUGAGGUGGCCGAGAAGCUGACGAAGGAUGAUGAAGUCUGCCCGAAUCUCUUCUAUCUAGGAAGACGAGGAGUACUCGCCACGUCAGAAGGAAUUAAAAUUGUUGCUCUUGGCGGUAUAUAUGGACCGCUGCCUUCAGAUGCUAAUGUGAAUAAGAAAUAUCUUCCAUAUCAUACAGAGGCUGAUGCUCAGUCGCUGUACUCAGCAGAGAAGGCUGAUAUUCUCAUAACUUAUGAAUGGCCAAAAGGAAUUGAGAAGGGCUCAAAAGUCCCUACAGGCGAAAUCACGACGGAGGGCAGUCAGUGUGUUGCGAAUGUCUGUUUAGCGUUGAAGCCUCGCUAUCACUUUUCGUCGGCUACUGACACAUUCUACGAACGGGAACCAUUUUUUCAUAUUCCAGAGGAUGAAUACACCAUAGAAAAGCACAUCACGCGGUUUAUCAACCUAGCUCCAUUCUCUACUACAUCGAAACAGAAGUGGCUAUAUGCGUUUACCCUGGAUCCGAAGAGCGUUCUGCCAACUUUUGUCCCAGCCGGGACGACAAUAUCUCCCCUCACUGCAGUAGCAAGGGGGCGCGGUCCUUUACCUAGCCAGAAAGCAUCAUUUACCCGUUUUAGGCAAGACGAUGGCCAGCAACGGCCCGCUAAGCGCGCAAGAAAAGCUGCUCCUGGUCCGUCAGAAUGCUUCUUCUGUCUCUCGAAUCCUAACAUUGCAUCUCAUCUAAUCGCAUCUAUUGGAAAUGACACAUAUAUUACAACUGCUAAGGGGCCACUGCCAACGGCAUCUACCUUUCCGGCUCUGGAAUUCCCAGGCCAUAUUCUCAUAAUACCAUUGAUCCAUGCACCAUCUCUCGCGUCGAUAGAGGACCCGGAAUCUAAAUCAGCUACUUAUGUAGAAGUCCAGAAGUACCGAUCGGCACUUCACUCGAUGCUUCAAGGGAGGGCUGACGUGGCUUUAGGCGCUGUCACUUGGGAAGUGAGCUGGGGUCGUGGCGUGCAUAUUCACUGGCAAUUUAUGCCUGUCGAUGCAAGCUUGGCUCGCCGUGGUCUUGUUGAAGCUGCAUUCAAAGUCGAAGCUGAGAACCUGGAAUAUCCAAAAUUUGAAAAACGGGAAGCUACCUGUGAUGAGCCAGGCGAUUAUUUCCGGGUAUGGAUCUGGGCUCCUGUGCAGGAAGCAGAAGGAGACGCUCCCGGGAGCGAAACAACACUAGUUCUUCCGCUAAGCGACAGGUUCCGAUUCGAUGUCCAGUUCGGCCGGACGGUGAUGGCCAAAUUGCUAGGACUGGAGGACAGGUUGAACUGGCGAGAUGCGUCGCAGUCAAUAGAGGAAGAGAAAAAAGAUGUUGAGGCUUUCAAGGGGGCAUUCAAAGACUUUGAUUUCACUGUCUGA